AUGGCAUCCGGGGGACUCCUUGUGGCUGGCGCCUCCUUCGCGGCGUUUCGGGGGCUGCAUUGGGGGCUGCAGCUGCUGCCCACCCCAGAAUCUGUUCGGGACCGCUGGAUGUGGCGGAACAUUUUCGUUUCGCUGAUUCACAGCCUACUCUCUGGAACAGGGGCGCUGGUCGGGCUGUGGCUGUUUCCUCAGAUGGUCACCGACCCGAUUCAUGAGCACCCAUCGUGGGCACGGGUCCUAGUAGCAGUGUCAGUGGGAUAUUUCAUGGCAGAUGGAGUGGACAUGCUGUGGAAUCAGACAUUGGCCCAGGCCUGGGACCUUCUCUGUCACCAUUUGGUGGUAGUGAGCUGCCUCAGCAUCGCUGUUGUGUCUGGCCACUUUGUGGGCUUCUCUAUGGUAUCUCUACUUCUAGAGCUGAACUCCAUCUGUUUGCAUCUCCGGAAGCUACUGCUGCUCUCCCGUAAGGCCUCAUCCCUGGCCUUCAGAGUAAGCAGUUGGGCCACCCUGACCACCCUGGCCCUCUUCCGACUUCUGCCUCUAGGAUGGAUGAGUCUGUGGUUGUUUCGGCAGCACUCCCAGGUGUCUCUUGGUCUGGUCAUCCUUUGUGGAACUGGGCUGGUCACAGUGGGUAGCAUAAGCAUCUCCCUGGGAAUCCGGAUUCUGAUCAAGGAUGUCUUGCAGUCUCGGCCCUACCCAUUUAUCCUUGCGCACAAGGAGACUAAGCAAACCAAGACAUGUGAGCCUGUCACCAGGAAUGAUUCCACUCUCAGUCUGAAAGGCACGAAGGUUUUCUCUUCAAGACUAGAUAGGGCUGUCAAGGUGGCACAGGCUGAAAAUGCUAACACUUGGGAAUGA